AUGUCGUUUUUGUCUGCGUUGACGGGUUUUGGCGCUUCGUCUGCUUCUGAUUUUGAGGCGAAGAGCUCGGAUAACUGGUUUUCGUCCAUGUUCCCUGUUGCUUAUAACGAGGACGAGGAAGAUUCCGGGGAUGACGCCGAAGAGAAGGGUGGCGACUCUAAGGACGGCGACGACUCCAAAGACGGCGACGACGCCGAGGACGGCGCUGAUGCCAAGGAAGAUAACGACGUCGACGACGCCAAGGAAGAUAACGGCGACGGCGACAAUGACGAGAGCGGCGACGACGAAGAAGAGGAGGAGGACGACGACGACGACGAGGUACGUAUACGAGCGAACGAGCGCGCUAACACUGCCUAG